UGGAUUCGAAACACCUUAGACUAACAAAUUUACUUUGACAGUUUAAAUUGUGGACUUCUUUCCUCAGGAAUUUCUUAUGGUCUGCAUGCUUUGGAAAUAUUUGACUAGUGGUGAGUGACACACACACCGAGGAGCUAAAGGUAUAUAAAUGCUGUGUUUUCAUCCCCGGAGCAUUCAGUCACCAGCUACUGCUAACCUCUUCAGCUGAUCAUCACAACAAGAUGGCUUCAGGUCUGUCCUUGGCUCUGCUCCUCUGUCUGAGCUCUGGGCUCUGGACUGGAACGGAUGCAGGAUGUCGAAUCAGAGCUGCUGAUGCUGGCGACUGCCCUCCUGGUUGGAGUUGGUUUGAAGAUCGCUGCUUUGUGUUUGUGAAGGAUGCCUUGGACUGGGCUGCAGCUGAGAGAUAUUGCCUCUCAGUUGGUGGAAAUCUGGCCUCCUUCCACAGCACAGCUGAGUACAACUUCAUCAGGGAUCUGAUCUUGAAGAAAACUGGAGCUCACACAACCUGUUGGGUUGGAGGCAACGAUGCAGCGAAGGACGGUGUGUGGAUGUGGUCCGACGGCUCAAAGUUCGACUUCACCGCCUGGCACGCUGGCGAACCAAACAACUACGGUGGAAGUGAGAGCUGUAUGGACAUCAACCUGAGAGGAGAAGAUUAUGUCAACGAUGAACGAUGUGCUCUAAGCCUUCCUUUCGUCUGUGGAAAACACGUCUAGCUGGCCUUCGUUGUCCCUAAAAGCUCAACGGUGUGACCUUCUCACUCACGUCACCUGCAGGACAUCAAGCCUCGAUGAUGUCACACCUGCUAAUAAAUCAUUUAAAUAAAGAUAUUUAUGUCUCGUUAA